UGUCCCUGGGGGCGGCUGCGCGGACUACAGCUCCCGGCAUGCGCCGCGGCCGCGCCUGCGCACUGCGCCGCGCGGCACCGGCGGGAGAGCGGCCGGGCUGGGAGGCCCCGCCGCGGCUUCCGGGCAUGAGCGGAGGCGCCGGGGGCUCGGAGCGGCCUGAGGAGCGGCAGCGUUUCCCCGCGCCCGGCAAGUCCCUGCCCAUUUUGGCUCUGAGACAAAAUGGUCUCCUGCAGGCGCUCACGUGGGGAGCGGGGCAGACCGCUGGCACUGAGAUCAGUGAGGAGCUGCGGCGAGCCCAGGAGGAAUGGGAGGCUGUGGAAGAGAUCCAGUCAGGGCUGGGGGUAACGUCGGCCAGUGCUGCGCCCCUGAUCUCCUUCAAUGAAGCGCUGCAGUACUUCCAGACAGCCGACCUCUCCGAGUGCAGGAAGAAGGUCCGGGCGACGGUGCGCAGGCAGGGCCUGGCUGCUCUGGUUCACUUCCUCUUCGGCCCUCCCCGGCUCCAGCCGCAGCUGCAGGGAGAGCGGGAGCUGGCUCUGGCUAUGGCGCAGUGUGGUUUGGAUGAUAACGAGAGCGUGCACAUGAGAAUUCUGCAGACCAUCUACAAGAAGCUAACGUGCUCCAGGCUGGGCUGCCCACGCUAUGGGGCGCACUGGGAAGAGCUUGGCUUUCAAGGUGCAGAUCCCGGGACUGACCUGCGAGGGACGGGCAUGCUGGGCCUGAUGCAGAUGCUGUACUUUGUCAUGGACUCGCAGACGCUGCCUCUGGCUCAAGAGAUUUUCAAGCUAUCCCAGCACGAAUCCCAGUAUUUCCCUUUCUGCAUCAUGUCCGUGAACAUCACCCGCAUCGUCAUCCAGGCCCUGAGGGAGGAGCGUCUCUCCAGGGAGUGCAACCACAGGCAGCAAGUCAUCGCUGUGCUGAACGACCUGUACGCGGCAGCCUUCCUGCAGCUCUACCGCGUGUGGAAGUGGCAGCACAAGACCAUUGCCGACUCCGGUUUCCUCCUAAAAGAGCUGGAGUCGUCCACCAAAAAGAAACCGAAGCAGCUCCUGAAAUCCCUGCAGGCCUACAUGAAGCGCAGCCCCGCAGCAGAUGGCCUUCAGCAGCCGUCCCCUCCCUCCGCCUCUGGUGAGGCGAUCCACUUCACAGGCGUUUGCGACCUGCAGGUUGAGCUGGAAGGAGAAGCCCGACUGAUCUGAAAUGGAGGGAGACGUGCCACGGGGAGCUCCAGCGGCGGCCCAGCUCUCGGAGGAUGCCUGGCUGCCGUCGCCUCUGGUUAGGGGGCUUGGGAAGGGCCGUGCGGGCCGAGGUGGGAGAUGCGGAGCCGUGGGAGGUGGCCGCUGCCCUGCGAAGUGCAGCGAGAGAAGGGUCUGGGACUGGGCUGCGGGCGGGCGGGAGCCUGCGAUGCCGCCAACGGCAGAUCUUUUUCUGCCCUAACCCCCCCCAGAAAGGGUGGGCCAGUCCUUCCCGCUCUGGCCCCGCAAGCGUCCCGGCUGCGGCCCCGGCGUCGCUUGGUGCCGCAGGGUUUGACUGUCUCCAGUAGGAGAAUGUGGCAGAGCGGGUGGAUUUUUGAGCCACCGACCUCAGGCUGGGAUAGUCCGUCUGUCUGUCUCGAAUCUGUGCUCCCGUCUGUCUUUACCCCUAACAGGAUGGUUUAGUGACGCUCCAGGUGGAGCCAGAGCACAGUGACGGGGCUCCUGAAUCGAGUCACAGCUCCAGCGGCCCCUGGGAGGGUUUGAAACCCCCUGCUUCAGGCUGCGGCACCCGCAUUUCACGGUGGCAGUGGGGCGAGAGCACGAGCCCAGCCUUGUUGCUGGGGCAGUGGGGGCAGCUCACCCCCCAAGGUUUGGGGAUACCCCCCCCAAACUGCCCCGGGGUGUUACUGUGCGUUGUUAAAAGAAGGGAAAAAAAUUCUUUUCUUGGCACGAUGGAGA